AAGGCUCAGACAAGUUUCAGAUUGACACGAGGAUGUCUUCCACAGUCCUGUGUGCUGUUAUUUUGCUGGCUUGUGCUUUGACAUUUAGUGCGGCUCAGAUGAGCUGCAGGGGACGAUGUGGUGUGGAGUACUACAGAGGCUACAUGUGCCAGUGUGAUUAUAGCUGCCUGUUUUAUGGAGAGUGCUGCAAAGACUAUGAAUCUCAAUGCACCACAAAAAAUUCAUGUAAAGGCCGGUGUGGAGAAACCUUCAAGAGAGGUCGACUGUGUAGCUGCGACUCUGACUGCAUGAAGUACAAGCAGUGUUGUCCAGAUUACAAGACCCAUUGUGAAGCAGAAGAUCCAGCUUUGAAUAAAGCACCGAAGCAGCCUUCUACAUUUAGCGAGGGAAACAAUGCAGGGGAUCAUGUAAUUCCACUGGUCAACCCAACAUCCUAUCCACCAGAUGUUCUCAGUGAUGAUACGUACAGUCCAGUCUAUCCCAGUGAUGACUUUUCCAGCAAUGGAGUGAAGGACGGAGUCCCAGAAGAGAACAGCGGCUACGGAUUGUCUAUGGUCGACCUUCUGGAUCAAGUGUCUACUGAACCCACCCUGAAUCUGGACACAGAGACAGUUAUAGUCUUUUCUCAGACAGCGAUGACUCACGCAGAUAAUGAGCCAACACAGGCCGAUGACAGCCCCUUCACCCUUUACAUGAGUAGUGGAGAUGGGCCCACUGAGAGCACAGAUGCCAGUGAUCUUGUCACCUCAGCCUACCCAGGAGCAACUCACCUUCAGCCCACAGCAGCUGAUCAUGUCUCCAGUCAGCCUACGUCAACCCCUACACCUGAAGCAAGGCCUACAACUUCAACUGGUGCCACAGAGCCGGGAACCAUAGAGCCGGACGCCACAGAGCUGGGCGCCACAGAGCCAGGCGUGACAGAGCAGGGUGCCACAGAGCAGGGUGUCACAAACCCAGGCGUCACAGAGCCGGGCUCCACUGACCCGGGUGUCACAGACCUGGGUGCCACAGAGCAGGGCACCACAGACCCAGGUGUCACAGAGAUGGGAGCCACAGAGCAAGGCAGCACAGAUCUGGACGCCACAGACCCAGGUACCACAGACCUGGGCGCCACAGAGCAGGGCACCACAGACCCAGGUGUCACAGAGAUGGGAGCCACAGAGCAAGGCAGCACAGAUCUGGACGCCACAGACCCAGGUACCACAGAGCUGGACGCCACUGAGCAGGGCAUCACAGACCUGGGCGCCACAGAGCAGGGCGCCACAGACCCGGGUGUCACAGAGCCGAACACCACAGAGCCGAACACCACAGAGCCGGGCACCACAGAGCAAGCAGAAGUACAAUCUGAGGAUGACACAUCAACUGAGCCACAGAAGACAAACACAACUGAAGUCUCUUCUCAUAAGCCAGAGGUUACAACUCUGCCCUUCAGCACAACCCCCCACUCACCUGAGGCUUCAGUAUCCACAGAACUCACUGUAGGAUACACAACUUUGGAAAACUCUCAGCCCAUCACUCUCCCUGCCUCAUCAGUGGCGGAUGCAAAUCUCAUCCCAGAGGCAACCACUUCAAACCCUAAACCAGAGGAUGCCACAACAGGCCCUCCCUCUGAUCCUUCCAGCAGUAUUUCUCCAUCAGGGCCCGAGAACUUGUCAGAGCCUGAUGUCCUAACGACCCACACUCCCUCAUACACAGCUGUGGUGCAGGGCGACACUACUGAUGAUGUGACAGCACAAGUAACUACUACUGAUCUUAUAACAGUGACCUCAGAAGUGACCGAGCCAUCUGAAGCUACCUCACAACCCCAGGACAAACCCGACGUGUACAAGUCAUCACCAACUGAACCGACUCCGGCUAAACCCACCUCUAAACCUGCGACUAAACCUCUGGACGCUGCACAAACUCUGAGCACUAAAGAUCCAAGAGACUACCAAGCAGAUGACAGCAAUGAUACAAAUCUGUGUAGUGGGCGGCCGAUUGGUGCUGUCACCACACUGAGGAACGGCACAAUGGUGAUUUUCAGAGGACACUACUUUUGGUUCCUGGGUAGAAAUAAGGUGCCAGGUCCACCCAGAGGCAUCACACAGGUGUGGGGCGUCCCUUCCCCCAUUGACACAGUGUUCACCCGCUGCAACUGCCAGGGGAAAACAUACAUAUUCAAGGGAACACAGUAUUGGAGAUUUGAAAAUGAUGUUUUGGACCCGGGCUAUCCUCAAGUCGUUGCAACAGGCUUUGAUGGGCUUCAGGGCCACAUCACCGCAGCCCUGUCUGUGCCUCAGUACCAGAGGAGGAAGGAGUCCGUUUAUUUCUUCAAAAGAGGGGGAUCUGUCCAGAAAUACUCGUACCAGUCUGGCACCAGCCCAACAUGUGGCAGAAAAGUCCAAAAUGGCAUAAACGCAGCCAGAAACCGGAGGACUCGACAUGCAGCGUCUGUUUUAGAGCCGGCCAUUAGCAUCCGAAUGUCCUGGAGAGGUUUCCCCUCCACCAUCACAGCUGCUGUGUCCGUCCCCAGCAACGAAGAACCUGAGGGAUAUAAAUACUACAUUUUCUCAAGAUCCAAAUCCUACAACGUGAAGAUGGAGGGUGAACAUCCCGUCAUUGCUGCUCCAAAAGCCAACGCACCCCCUCAGAGCAAUGACCUCUUCAAAUGCUCAAAGAAAGUUUGA